AACUAGAAUAGAACGCGAACACGCCCGUGUUCUACUCAAUUACCCAGACCGGUCUUGCCCUAAAAUACCGUUAAGUUCACGCGCAGCCAUCACCCUCUCACUUCGUCUCUCUUUGCCGCUCUCCCUCUCGUUCUCCGAUAGACCGCCGCCGUCGACUCGUCCAGCGCCGCCGCCACCAGCCUCGCCAACCGCCACCCACCUCCCUCACCCAUCGCGAUUACAGCCGCCCUGCCACCAUCUCCACCACGAUUUCAACCCCUUCGCCUCGUCUCCGCCUCCGACCGACUGCCCCUCCGCCGGCGUCGACUCCGCCGCACGCCGUCCCGCUGUCUCUUCUCCUUCCCAACCGGCCGUCGCUCCGCCGAUUCAACCCCCAAUCUCCGCCAUCGACUCCUGCUCUUGUUUCUGUUUCUAUUUCCGACCCUUGAAUCGAUUGGUGAGAAUGGAUUAGGUUUUUGCUCGGUGCUGUAUGUUUGUUUGAGCGGAAUGGUUUAGGGAGCAAGAAUGGACAUCGAGAUGGAAAUUAUUGACCGUAGUAGAUGUCGGGAGCUUGCAAUGUCGUCAUCAUUUUGCCGCCGGAUAUACUCGGAGAUAGAAGAGGUUGGAUGGGAGAACCUCGUGAGACUGGGAAACGAUCUAACUUUCCUUUGCUUCCGUGUCAUUGGUGGUUUUGCCAGGGACAGUAAAGGAAGACAACAUAUUCUGGAGAUAACAUUGGAUGAGACAUAUCCUCGACGCCCUCCUUCAGUAUCUGUGGGAUUGCCUUAUAAUUUUAAUCUCGAGUGGUUCCCGAAAUCAAAGCUAAGAGAUGUCGUGCAACAAUUUCAAAGGCACGUAGAUCAGCUCCAUGACUUUUCGACCACUAUGGAUGAUAUUGAUCGGUUUCUUGUAACCGAGCCAAUAAACUCACACCAUGCUGCAUCAUCACGCCAUAUCAAAAUUGGACACGAUUGUUAUGUCGUCGUCUCCAUUAAUGUUGAUGAUCCAUUAUCUCUACCCGAGUGUCGCUUCCUCGGCUCAGAUGCCGCAGUCAACACUCUAAUGAAAAUGUGGAAGAGAAAUAGCAAAAGAUGGGAUAGAGGCAAGCCGUUUCCCGAAAAUUUCGAACAUGUAUUUGAUUCUCCGUCGCUCCAACAACCGUGUGCCGAAAAGAACAAGGAGCAAGUCGAGUGUGGCAUUUGUUAUUCUCAAUAUCUUCCCAUAGACGACGAGCUUGGCGCUAAGAGCGGGAGUGCAACUGAUUAUACCUGCGAAAAUGCACACUGUAAUCGUGCAUUCCACACCAUUUGUCUCGUUGAUUGGCUUCGUUCCAUUACAACAACAAGACGGUCAUUCGAUGUUCUGUUUGGAAAUUGCCCGUACUGUUCGGAUCCCGUUGCCGUCAAGCUCGGCAUGAAGUAAUAUAUUCCCCUGCAUUACAUCAGGCAAGAAUCAUUACCCAUUGAAACAAUUGUUUCUGCUAAUCAAGUCAUGUUAGAUUCUUUUGAAUUUAGAAAAUUGGGUGUGUUAUUUUAGUUUAUCGGAAUUUCUCAAACAUUUUUACGGUUGUCGAAUUGGUAUGGUAUUGUUAUCGUAAAGCAAGGUCGUUGAUUCGAA